GGCCCCGCCCCGCUUCGUGAGCCCGGGGGAGGUGCCUGCGGAAAAUGGCUGCGGUGUGCCGGAACGUGAAGGGUCUAGUCGCCAUAAUAACCGGAGGCGCCUCGGGCCUAGGCCUGGCCACAGCAGAGCGACUGGUGGAGAAGGGGGCCAGCGCUGUUCUUCUGGACCUGCCCAGCUCAGAUGGGGAGGUCCAGGCCAAGAAGUUAGGGAAGAGCUGUGCCUUUGCCCCAGCUGACGUGACCUCAGAGAAGGACGUGCAAGCAGCCCUGGCUCUAGCAAAAGAAAAGUUUGGUCGUGUGGACAUAGCAGUCAAUUGUGCAGGCAUUGCAGUAGCCAUCAGGACAUACAACUUAAAGAAGAACCAGGCCCAUACCUUGGAGGACUUCCAGCGAGUUCUCAAUGUGAAUCUCUUAGGUACUUUCAAUGUGAUCCGCCUUGUGGCUGGUGAGAUGGGCCAGAAUGAACCAGAUCAGGGAGGCCAACGUGGGGUCAUCAUCAAUACUGCCAGUGUGGCUGCCUUUGAGGGCCAGGUUGGACAAGCUGCAUAUUCUGCUUCCAAGGGGGGCAUAGUGGGCAUGACAUUGCCCAUUGCUCGGGACCUGGCUCCCAUGGGCAUCCGGGUGAUAACCAUUGCUCCAGGCCUAUUUGGUACCUCACUCCUGAACAGCCUCCCAGAGAAAGUACGCAACUUCCUGGCCAGCCAAGUGCCCUUCCCCAGGCGAUUGGGCGACCCUGCUGAGUAUGGUCAUCUGGUACAGUCCAUUAUCGAGAACCCAUUCAUCAAUGGAGAGGUCAUCCGGUUGGAUGGGGCCAUCCGCAUGCAGCCUUGAAGGGAGAGGGCAGAGAAAACACUCUUCCAACCUUCCUUCCCCUGGCAUACUGUGUUGCAGUUUGGGAAGAAGCUAGUAGCCACUUUGUAACUGCCCACUAGUUACCCUCUGGGCCUAAUAAAGUAUCUCUUAUAGGAA